UAAUAUAUAUGUUGAAUAUUUCUUAUAACAAUAUAUUAUUAUAAUAAUUACUAUUUUUAGCUUUAAUAGCAAAGUUGUGUAACCUAUAUAUAUAUUAUUUAUGUCGAAAACAUAUUUAAUCUGAACAAUUUUUACGAAUAAAUAAUUAAAAGAAAGAGAAUGAAAUAUUAUUGGGAGCGAUGAAUGUACAAAAAAUGAUGCCAAUUACAUCUAAAGAUUCAGACGUGAAAGACUGCGAUAGCAGAGGCACAAUUAAAGUUAUAGAUCGCCCAACAUUUAUAUUGAAAACUAGAGAAGGUGAAAACAGAGCUGUGUCUCCAAAUCAACGUAAUGGUGGUAACAAAAAAGAAGGUGAUGUAUCUUCCAAUGUUUCAUCAAAAAUACAAGAUCCUAUUCGGACUGUAUUACCAACAUGUCUUGAAAUGACAAGUUGUGUAAAAUUUAUGGAUGAAAAUAUGCAACUCUGUGAAUAUCCUCUUGAAUUCUUGUAUGAUCAACAAGAUUUUUUAGUUGUAGGAUGUUUAGGAGCUCAAGGUGUAGGAAAAUCAACUAUAAUGUCUCUUUUAACAUGUAACAUUGCGACUGGUAUUUUUCCAAUUCAAGAUACAUUACAUCAUGAAAGUGGUGCAAAUUGUACUAUUGGUAUUGACUUUUUUGUAACAAAAAAUCGUGUAAUAUAUUUAGAUACACAACCAAUACUGUCUGGAUCUACAAUAGAUUAUUCAACAACUUAUGAUCAAAAAAAACCUACAACAGAUUUUAUAAAUACAGAAACUAAUUUAGAAUUACAAUCUUCACAGUUUGCAGCAUUUCUUUUUUCAGUUUGUCAUGUUAUUAUAUUUGUACAAGAUUGGUUCGUAGAUCCAAAUUUAGUUAGAUUUUUACAAACUGCAGAAAUGUUAAAACCAUCUUCAACUAGUAAUAUGGACCAAGAUUAUGUUGAAUAUUAUCCACACAUUGUAUUUUUACAUAAUAAAGCUGAAUUACAAGAUUUUACUCCUCAUAAUAUGGAAAAAGUGAAGGAAUUUUAUACUAAAUUAUUCUCCAGUUCUAGAUUACAAAUUCAUAGUGGUUUGGAUAUGAGUAAUCAUUCUAUGGAGGCAGGAUUAAAUUUGUUUUUUAUACCUCGUAUUACAAAUGAAGAAGAAUUUACAAUGCGUCAAAACGGGAAAAAACUAAUAGAAAAGUUAAAAACAAAAAUACAUGGUGUUAACAGAAAUUCAAUGACACCAUCUACUUUAACAGAAAAAAAUUGGUAUCAUUAUGUUUCAAAAGUAAUGGAAGCGAUUAAAAAAAGUCAUCUUUCUUCCGAGUAUGGAAGAUUAAUGCCAUAAUUUUCAAUAAUGUAUGAUAUAAAUGUAUUAUUAUACAUUAUUUCUGCAAAAGAAUAUAUGUAUAAUGUAUCAAGUAAUUUUAGGCAUUUUAUAUAAAAAAAUCAUAAUAUUUUGUUACUUAUUUAAAUUCAUAAUAAGAUCCUAAAAUCAUAAAAAUGCGAAAGCAAUUUCUGGCAUUUUUGAAUGUUAUGUAUAAGUAAUGAUAUAUAAUGAAUAAAUCAAAGAAAAAUUAAAA